ACUCUGCUGUUGAGGUGAAACUGUCCAGAAGGGUUGCUGAGCAUUUCCAUUUUGGGGUAUAUGCAGCCUUCUCAGAGCUGGGAGCUGCACGCUGGUGUUCCUGGGACUUCUGGCUGCUUGUACUGCUGAUAAUGUUGCUUUGGUUUGUGAGACUUUACCUGCAUUACUGUAGCCAGUGGAUCUUCCUUAAGACCAUCUCUGUUCCAGUUACAAAAUUCCAGUUUUUCCCUCACACUGUUGAGCUGUGCUACCAGAACUCCUUGCUGCAGACCAGUGAAGAGUUGGUCAUGGUUGUUGUGGGACCCCUAACCUUGAACGCUGGGCUACUUCUUAUGGUCCUGAUCAAAUGGGGCUGUCAGCAGCUGUUUGAUUCAUUCCCUUCCUUCUUGUCAAAGUUUAUCAUAGCUCUGGGACUCUGGACAGUGCUGGACCCCUUGGCAGUGUUAGUAGUGGAUUCGUUCCUGGGGCGACUUGUGAACAGUGUAGAGAAACCCAUUGCUGAUGCUGCAAAGCUCUACUGGGCCUUUCUAAGAACAGAAGAGUCGGGGGUUCUCGGUGCUCUAAUCACUGUGAUGCUUUACACAGUCCUGUUCAUCAUCUCCUCGGCAGUGUUGUACCUUUACUUUCUAAGGCUACAUAAUGAAGGGUGGCUGUUGGAUCUAUUUCGACGCAUUCAUGGUGAAGAAGGUGCAUUCUUUGUUCCACUGGAUUUAGAGAUUUCCAGUCAGGAGCUGAGCUACAUUAUGAAAAGAGCUGAGCAGUGGAGAGGAAUCAAAGGUGAAAGACGGAUGGUGAGUGGCAAAGUGUGUUCAAGAAGAGUCUGUGAUGCACUAGUCCAAAUUAAUGCUUUGUAUUCCUGGAUAUUACCUGAAAGCACACAGAUAUACAAGAAAAUGAUUCUUAAGGACCUUAUUUAUUUAUUUGUUUGUUUGUUUAUUUAUUUAUUUUUGAUGGAGAAGCUAAGAAGCAUGUUCAGGAGAUUUUUGUGAGAAGGUUGCAUGUGCAUUGCCUGAACAUCCUGAGGGAUUACAGUCUGGUUAGCAUCCAAAGGCUUAACAGCAUCAGUGCCAUCAAAGAUUAUUUACGCCAUCUGUUGAUUUCUGACUGAGUCAUAGAGACUUACUAUAUGUUUAAAUGUCAGCAUCAUCCCAGAGAAGUUCUUAACCACCUGAGCAAGCUGGUAAGCCCCAUAGACAAGUCAAGUCUACUCCCAGCAAGGGCAUGAUUGGGGCCGCCCAGAGGAGGGACAUGAGUUCAGUGAGUUCGGAGGAAUGACAGCCACUGUUGCUCCUGGCCCUUUCUUGCCAGGACUGCGCAGAAGAGUGGGCUGAGUUGGAACUGUGCAGUGGGAGGUAAGAAAGGUCUGAGUUGGUCUGCACUACUUUGGUUAUCAAAACAACUCUGUUUUUCCAUUAGGACACUAAAAACUAGUCCCGUAUACAGACUUUAAACUGUGAUAUGCAGGAGAUAUAUUUAUACCUGUGUUUGCAAGUUGUCCAGUGUUGGUGUUCACAACCACAAGUAUGACUUCUGAUAUUAAUGGCUUUCAAAGAAUUGAAAAUAGCAGAAAAAACAGGGUCAGUAACCUGCAAGGCACGUGUUCUCUCUUGUUCUCCAAGUUUGCAUCAGCAUUGUUAAUUCCCAUGGGACUGUCAUAUAAAACAGCUCUUGGACAAUAAUUAAAGUGUUCAUCAACUGGAUUUAUAUGUCUGUGCCUCUGAGCACAAUGCUUUGUUCAGUAACUCUACUGCUUCAAGGUAAAAAUGAGCAAAUUCCAGUUAGGAAGGAAAUUAGCCCUCUUAAGCAUGUCUGAAUUCUUUUUCUUUUUUCUUUUUUUUUUUUCUUUUUUCCUUUUUUCCUUUUCCUUUUCCUUUUCCUUUUCCUUUUCCUUUUCCUUUUCCUUUUCCUUUUCCUUUUCCUUUUCCUUUUCCUUUUCCUUUUCCUUUUCCUUUUCCUUCUUUCCCACUGGAACAAGUGAUUUCAUGUUAGGGUCUGAGGGUCUGCAGGUUUUUCAAGUCACUAUAGCUACCUCUGAAAGAUCAGCAGUUUAUAUAAAUAUAUAGCCUCAGUUGUCACUACUAUAAACAUCUGACACAGCUGUAAUUAUUUUCCACUUUUUUGUGUGUGUGAUGACAGUUUGGACCCUGAAAGGAAAAAUAAAAAGGCGAAUGUACAAAUUGAAUGAAAAAGCAGAUACUCAGUAAGCUUAUUUUUUCCUGAAUUGCAGAAUACCAAGCUGCAUUUCAAUAGGGAAAGAGGGAAAGGGUUUAAAUGAGAGAGUAAGCUCCCACAGCCACCUGCCUCAGACAUUCCUGCUUUUUAUAUGUAUAGCACUUUUUUUGCUUUACACUAGUAAGCUAAACAAACUACCCCCCCCCAAAAAAAAAGAAAAAAAAAAAAAGAA